GUGUGGAGCAGACCCGGAAGCGCGGGCAUUAGGUGCCGCGGCGUGGGCCGCUGCCUUGGAAACUGGGGCGGGCGCUCCCUUUUGGAGCCUGGUGGAUCUGGGAAAGAUGCUGCAGGAGGUCGGCAGAAUGCUGUUCGCCCGAAAGCUGGGCGGCCUCGGAGCGGGAGCGGCUCGGCGACCUGGGCGUGCAGGCCGGGGUGGCCUGGCAGCAGGGGGCCGGGCCCGGGGUGUCAGCACCAGCUGGUCCCCGGUGGGCGCCGCCUUCAAUGUCAAGCCCCAGGGCCGUCUCCUGGACCUGUUUGGAGAGCGUCAGGGCCUUUUUGGGGUUCCUGAGCUCAGCACCCCUGAAGGAUUCCAAGUUGCACAGGAAGCAGCCUUAAGGAAGUCUGAGUGGCUUGUGGAGCGUGCCUGUGCUACAUCCCCAGGGCUGCAGACCGUGCUCAUCUUCGACGAGCUCUCUGAUGCCCUCUGUAGAGUGGCUGACUUGGCUGAUUUUGUGAAAAUCGCACAUCCUGAGCCUGCGUUCAGAGAGGCCGCCGAAGAGGCCUGUCGAAGUGUCGGCACCAUGGUAGAAAAGUUGAACACAAAUGUGGAAUUGUAUCAAAGUCUGAAGAAAUUACUAGAUGAUAAAAAGCUUAUGGAUUCCCUUGAUGCAGAAACCAGGCGCGUGGCUGAACUGUUUAUGUUUGAUUUUGAAAUCAGUGGAAUCCAUCUAGAUGAAGAAAAGCGUAGAAGAGCGGUGGACCUCAAUGUUAAAAUCUUGGAUUUGAGCAGUACAUUUCUCAUGGGAAGCCACUCUCCCAACAAGAUUCAGAAGCAGCUCUUACCAGAGCAUAUCCAGCACCACUUUGCCCGGGACAGGAAUCAUGUAGUAAUUGAUGGUCUGCAUGCAGAAGCAGGGGAUGACUUGGUUCGAGAAGCUGCUUAUAAAAUUUUUCUUUAUCCCAGUGCUGGUCAGUUGAAGUGCUUAGAAGAAUUGCUAAGCAGCAGGGAUCUUCUGGCAAAGUUAGUGGGGUAUUCUACAUUUUCCCACAGGGCCCUCCGCGGAACCAUAGCUCAAAAUCCAGAGACUGUCAUGCAGUUCCUUGAGAAACUCUCUGACAAGCUUUCUGAAAGAACUAUAAAAGAUUUUGAGAUGAUGCGAAGAAUGAAGAUGAAACUAAAUCCUCAAAAUUCUGAGCUGAUGCCUUGGGACCCCCCCUACUAUAGCGGUGUGAUUCGUGCAGAGCGGUAUAAUAUCGAGCCCAGUUUAUAUUGCCCAUUUUUCUCCCUUGGAGCUUGCAUGGAAGGCCUGAAUAUCUUGUUUAACAAACUGUUGGGUGUUUCCUUAUAUGUGGAGCAGCCUGCAAAGGGAGAGGUGUGGUGUGAUGCUGUCCGGAAGCUGGCUGUUGUUCACGAAUCUGAAGGAUUGCUGGGGUACAUUUACUGUGAUUUUUUCCAGCGAGGAAACAAGCCGCAUCAGGAUUGCCACUUUACCAUCCGAGGUGGCAGGCUGAAGGAAGAUGGAGCCUAUCAGCUUCCAGUUGUUGUUCUUAUGCUGAAUCUUCCCCAUUCCGCGAGGGAUUCCCCUACCUUGCUAACUCCUGGGAUGAUGGAAAAUCUUUUCCAUGAGAUGGGCCAUGCCAUGCAUUCUAUGCUGGGACGAACUCGGUACCAACAUGUCACUGGAACCAGGUGCCCUACUGAUUUUGCUGAAGUUCCCUCUAUUCUAAUGGAAUACUUUUCGAAUGAUUACCGAGUGGUUAACCAGUUUGCCAGACAUUAUCAGACGGGACAGCCGCUGCCAAAAGCUAUGGUGUCUCGUCUCUGUGAAUCUAAGAAGGUUUGUGCAGCCGCGGAUAUGCAACUUCAGGUCUUUUAUGCUGCCCUGGAUCAAAUAUACCAUGGCCAGCAUCCCCUGAGGAAAUCAACCACAGACAUUCUCAAAGAAACACAGGAGCAGUUUUAUGGCUUGCCCUACGUUCCGAACACUGCCUGGCAGCUGAGGUUCAGCCACCUUGUGGGGUACGGUGCCAAAUACUAUUCCUACCUGAUGUCCAGGGCUGUAGCAUCUAUGGUUUGGAAGGACUGCUUCCUACAGGACCCUUUGAACAGAGCCGCCGGGGAGCGCUACCGCAGAGAGAUGUUGGCCCAUGGUGGGGGCAAGGAGCCCAUGCUCAUGGUUCAAGGCAUGCUGCAGAAGUGUCCCUCCAUUGAUGACUUUGUGGAUGCCCUUGUUUCCGACUUGAAUCUGGACUUUGAGACUUUCCUCAUGGAUUCUGAAUAGUGGAAGCUCCCUGAAUCUUUCAAACCAAGUCGUGCAAAUAAGAAGUGUGUUAACAGGUCUUACAGCUAGCUGUGAAAGCUCAAUUCUGAUUCCAGCAUUCAUGUACAGAAUAAUUUCUGACAAGCCUUAAACUGACAACUUGGAAUAAAUAAUGUGUUUGACUUAUA